CAUUGGUUGCAUUAUAUCACGUGUGUGGAUCGAAAGAUGGCGUCUCCAAAUGGAGGUGAUGAUUUUGAAUCAUCUCUGCUGAGUUUUGAGAAGCUGGAUAGAGCAUCUCCUGACCUAUGGCCAGAGCAAUUGCCAGGAGUCGCAGAUUUUGCUGCAUCAUGCAAAAAUCCAAUUACUAAUUCUCCACCCAAAUGGAUGGCUGAACUGGAGAGUGAGGACAUUGAAAUGUUAAAAGAGCUGGGGAGCCUGACCACAGCCAACCUGAUGGAGAAGGUCAAAGGGCUACAGAACUUGGCCUACCAGCUGGGCCUUGAGGAGUCCAGGGAGAUGACCAGGGGAAAGUUCCUGAACAUCCUGGAGAGACCCAAAAAGUGAAGACCCAGGAUGUGUCUGCACAGAGAGUAAUACAACACCCAGACGACUGACUUGAGACAGAAGGGGAGUCAGACCUAUGCCUUUAUGUAUACACUCAUACUACUACUACCACCAUCAAGUCCCUGGAUUUGAAUAUUGACACUGGAGCUAAAUUCAUUCACUGCGGAGUUCCCCUCGAGUCAAAGGGCUGCAACACUUUUCACCCCCUGACCUGUACAUUUCUUUUGUCCUCAAAGGCAGUUCCAUUUACUUUUAUAAUGAUUUGAAAUGGUGAAUUACUUUCCUUUUUAGCUAGCUUGCAGGACUGUUUUGAAAUGUGUAUAUUCUAUAUUUAUUAUUUUUCUAUUUGGAGCAUUCUAAAAAAACAAAAGUGCAAUUUGACAAAGAAAAUUGUGUAAUUCUUGAAAAAUUGAAUAAAUUGCUCCCUCUUUUAGGCUAUAACAUGUUUAUUAAUUGUCCUUGUAAUUGGUAAUUACCCUCAGUGAGCAUCUAUGGAUACAAUUUCAUCUUUCAAUGGUUUAGGAUACAAUUAAAUUCACUUCAGAAACUGGU